CUCACCUGCUCGCAGCCUUUUCAUUUGUACGGGAGCAGAGAAUGGACGAGUAAUGCGAGGACAUUGUCAAGGUACCAAGAUGCCUAAAAGUGAUACCUGGCCAGGUGGGGUUGGAUUGGAGACGAGUGGCAUGGACAGUGCUGGCAGCUGUGACAGUUUUGUCAGUGCCAAUUCCGGCCUUAGUGAUGAUAGUCUGAAGCACCUGUCUGCUGAAGAAAAGGCCUGUCUCAUGUUUUUGGAGGAAACAAUCGAGUCUUUGGAUACCGAAGAAGACAGUGGAUUGUCCAAUGACGAGUUCGAGCAAAUGCCCAAGCCUGGUGCCCUUGUUACAGAUGUGGCUGACCUCUCUGCCUCCAUGAGCAAAAGCAAACUGAGCGAUUUACAGAAUCAUGCAUCUAAAGAACCCAUCAAGGAAAAUGAUGUCCCUGAAUUUAUGCAAAACUACCAUGUUCCUCACAUAGAGGCCCGGAGCACUCACUGUUCUGUACCCAGCACCAACGUCUCCUCCAAACCUCAACUCACUCCUUCAAACAAGACUAAUCACAAACACAACCAAAAACCUCCCAAUGUACAUUUUGAGGUUAACGUCGUGACACCUCCUCCCACAAAACCCAAAGACUACCCGGUGAGGACAGCUGAGGGUCCUAUAGCAAGAGGACCUCUGUCCUACGAGGCACUAGUUUAUCUGCAGAGAAGUGCCUCGACAAAAAAGACACCUCUGUGUCCCACAGUUGAUCAUACAAUAGAGCUGGACAAGAAUCUUCCUGGAAUAAUGGAAGGCUCAAGUGACAGAUCUCAUUCAAAGUCUAAGAGAAGUCCUCCCUCCGUGGCCCCUAAACCCAAAGUGGUUCCUGCCAACAUAUCUAUAAAAACACAAAAAGAAACUUUGACAAUGUCAGACUCUGCAUACAAUAUCAAACAUGUAAAAGAUCCACAGGUGGUGAGACAGGAAGCUUUGCAGAAGCUUGGCCUCCUGAAAGACCAGCAACCAGAAAAUGAGGCAGUAGCACCAGGAUCUCACCCAAAAUCUUACUCUUCUUUGGACCCAAUAUGUGAGAGAUUUACAAAGGGUCCAGGGAGAAGUGUUCCACCCAGAAGCCCCUCGUUUUGUUAUUCCCAAGUGCCCACAGAGCCCAAAAACAGGCCGCUUCAGAGCAGUGCAAGUUUCCAUCAUUCCUCACGACGGGACCAGCAGUCUACAUCUAUAUCACAUGCUCCUCUGUCAGGUGGAUCCAGGACAGCUGCUCUGGAACACUCUGUCAGAGUAAACAGCCCCAGAGGUGCUGGUAAAGUGGGAGACAGCACAGGAUCUGAGCCUGCACCCACCAAACCCUCAAACUCAGUAGAGUAUACUGUGAUGGUGGUGCCUGGGAUGGGAGCUGAUCGAAGAGAAGCUCUCAGGAAGCUUGGACUGCUCAAACAAUAA